CCAACAAGCGUUGAUAUGUGUCGGUUUGAUUAGUAUGGUUUCCCGAACCAUCGGAUGAUCUCAGCGAGAGAGAGAUAGGAAUGUUUGGGUGCAAGUGUCUCCAUUGGAACACUCUCACAGAAUUUCCGUCAUUGAAGCAACCCCAAACCUUCUCCCUCCCUGCUUCUCUUCCCCACUGGCCUUCAGGUCAAGGCUUUGCUUCAGGAAGAAUCAAUCUUGGAGACUUAGAAGUAGCCGAGAUCACAUCAUUUGAAUUGAUAUGGCGAUACGUCUCUCCUCGAGACAAGAACAAGUCUGUCUCAUUCUACAGACCCGACAACUUACCCGACAGUUUCCACUGUUUAGGACAUUACUGUCAGCCUGAUACCCACCUCUUGAGAGGUUUUGUUCUUGUAGCUAGAGACAUCGUCAAGUCUGCACUUGCAAAGCCACUUGAUUAUACAUUGGUCUGGAGCUCAAACGACUUAUCAGAAGACGAACCUAAAACCGAGGGCUGCGGUUACUUCUGGUUACCGAAGCCUCCUCGAGGGUAUAAACCGGUCGGAUUCUUGGUUACAACGAGUCCCACGAAACCUGAUUUGGAUCAAGUUAGAUGUGUUCGAGCUGAUCAAACCGAUAAAUGUGAAGCACAUAGAGUUAUUAUCACUGCAUUAUCGGAUUCUUUAAGAGUUCCUUUGUUUAUAUGGAAAACGAGACCUUCAGACCGCGGAAUGUGGGGAAAAGGAGUCUCUGCAGGUACAUUCUUCUGUAGAACUCCGUUAAUGAUCUCCGCGAAGGAGAUGGAAGAAGAAGAAGAAGAUCAUCUCUGUAACAACAUCGCUUGUUUGAAAAACCUUGAUCCAAGUUUACACGCAAUGCCAAACUUAGACCAGAUCCAUGCUUUGGUUCAACACUAUGGUCCGAGAGUCUUCUUUCACCCUGAUGAAGUCUAUUUACCUUCGUCAGUCUCUUGGUUCUUCAAGAACGGUGCCGUUUUGUGCAGCUCUGAUAACCAAGAACCUGUUGAUGAAAAUGGCUCCAACUUGCCUCAUGGUGGAGCCAAUGAUAAACAGUUCUGGAUUGAUUUGCCCAAUAAUUAUGAACAGAGAAACAAGUUUCUGAAGCAGGGAAAUCUAGAAUCCGCCAAGCUCUACGUUCACGUUAAGCCAGCGUUUGGAGGAACGUUUACUGAUCUUGUGUUUUGGAUUUUCUGUCCUUUUAACGGUCCAGCGACUCUAAAGCUCGGCCUCGUGAACCUCUCAUUGGCCAAAACCGGUCAACACGUUUGUGACUGGGAGCAUUUCACUCUCCGGAUCAGCAACUUCUCCGGCGAGCUUCACGCUGUUUACUUCUCUCAGCAUAGCGGCGGGGAGUGGGUCGAAGCUCAAGAUCUGGAGUUCGUGGACGGAAGCAAUAAAGCUGUGGUUUACUCGUCCAAGCAUGGUCACGCGAGCUUUGCUAGGUCCGGGAUGUAUUUACAGGGGUCAGAUUUGCUUGGGAUUGGGAUAAGGAACGAUACAGCAAGAAGCGAUUUGUUUGUGGAUUCGUGUUCCAAGUACGAGGUUGUUGCGGCAGAGUAUCUCGGAGGGGCGGUGGUGGAGCCGCCGUGGCUUGGUUAUAUGAGAGAGUGGGGACCGAAGAUUGUGUAUGGAUCGAGAACGGAGAUUGAGAGGUUGAAUGAGAGAUUACCAUGGAGGCUGAGGUGUUGGGUUGAUGCAGUGUUGAAGAAGCUUCCGGUGGAGUUAUCAGGCGAAGAAGGACCAACGGGACCCAAGGAGAAGAAUAAUUGGUUUGGUGAUGAGAGAUGGUGAUUGUUUUCCCGUUGGAACAGAAACCUCUAUUUUUGUAAUGAGCUAAUAUGUGUGAUAUAUAGUGUUUUACUUGCCACCAAAAUCUGUUAAUGGGUCCUUCCUUGUCAAGUGACCAAAUAGUAAAAUAAAAUUUUAUAUGA